CUAGUCGACUAGCGUGACUCCGCAAACGCGGGUCUCCGAUUCUUCCUUCGGCCUAUUGUAUAAACGUUAUCUAUUUCUACAACAAUAAAAAAGAAACCCAAAAAAAAAACCAAAACAAUAUUCAGUAACGAAAUAGUACAAAAAUUAAAACAAAAAUAUUUAACUCAAAAAAAAAACAAAUCUUUUCUUUCAAAAAAAAAAAAAAAAAAAUAUUUAAAAAGUAUGCUCACUUUUAAAGGAAAUACGAGUGCGCAAAAUCCAAACAAAAAUGACAAAACUCUUGUAGAAUUUGAUAUUUUUCGAUUCAUCAAAUCAGAAUCAAAAGUCAGAGGCCUUUGACACACUUUUUUUUAGUCAUUGUCCCAAAUUUUUAAUCGAUUGAAAACCUACAAAAAAAAAAAAAUAUUGUGAUUGUUUCUAUAUAGAUAUAAAACAAAAAUUCUCAUUGUUAUCAAAGACCAAACGAAUUGUUUGGUAUAUUUUUAAAAUCGCCUUCGCGGGCUAUUUUCAUUUUAUACAAUAUAAAGGAAGUUUUCUAAUGAUGAUAAAAAUGUUUUCGAUUUUCAUCUACACAGUUUGAUAAUACAAUAAUUCGAAAAUAAAUAAAACGAAUAGAUAACACUUGCAAAAAUGACUUCAUGCCGCACGUGAUUUUCCUACGUUAAUAUAAAAUUUAAGACUGCAACAAAGCGAAGCCUCUUCUUUGUACUCGUCAAUAAAAAAAAAACAAAAAGAAUUCGCGUUUUUCAAUAUGCCGAAUAAAAAAAUUAGAAAUCGAGAUGGACAACGAGACAAAGAUUUCUUCGCCGACGAAAUAUCAUCUAUCGGCAUGUCAUUACGACCAAGCGGAAGUGCUUCUUCUGGCAUUUCAAGUUUGGCAAGUUGUGGCGAAGUUGACAACUUGCCUGAAUUGCCACCGCAAGAUGAAGAGAGGCUGCAACGAGCAGCUAGAUUAUUGCAGCAGAGACUGGUCUUGCGUCAGUGGUUAGCAGACCAUGGCCUUCACAAUUAUUAUCAAAGGCUCAUGCAAAUGGAAGUUGUAUCUUUGGAAGACGUUUACUGGGUGGAAGACAAUGCAGCACGUUCGGCUUUGGGAAAAGAUCUUCCUAAGUGGAUUCAAGCUCGACAGACUUUGCCCACCUCUAAGGAAGAUUUGGAAGCCCUUAAAGCUGAUCUUUGGAGUUCUGUUGUUAAAAAUAGUCAACAUCAGGACGCCUAUACUUGGGGCGGAAUGUUGGUGGUCUCAGUCUCAGUUGCCGGACUCGUUACCCUGGCAGCGAUGACCCAACCGGCAUUGGCUCCAGAAGCAAAACAUUCACUUCUUCAAUAUGUCACAGGAAAAUAUCUUUUGCCUAGUAAUUGUCGAGUUCAUUUCGAAUGGGAGGAACCACAAUUAGUUGGAGAAACAAUGACAUUCACCGUUAAAUUUUAUCAGCGAAAUGGUCAGCCAUAUCCUAUUUGCGACGAGGACAAUCUCAUUGUCGAGGUGACAGAAGGAGCGCGAAGAGUAGCAACUUUAAUAGAAUUAGGAGGAAUGGAUCCUCUCGCGGCAAAUGCAGCAGUUGUUAAAUUUACUGUCCGACAUGCCGGACAAUAUCGUAUAGCCGUUCUUAUCGGUUCAUGCCACGUUUACGGCAGUCCUUUCCUUAAAAUUUUUCUUCCCGGACCUCCAGAUCCAAAUAAAACUGUUUUCGUUCGUCAAAGUUCGACAGUUGUUUGCACUGCGGGCGUUCCUCACUCGUUGACAAUUGAACCGCGAGAUGAAUACGACAAUCUCUGUAUAUUUGGUCCUGGUGACAUUCCCACAGAGGGAUAUGAUGUAAAUAUUACUCAAAUCGGUAACGUAGGAGAAGAAACAAUACCAGUGGAUUGUAAAAUUCAACUCGAUUAUGAUUCGCCAAAUCAAAGGAUUCGAUUAAAAGUCAGUUUUCCAAGUGGUGGAUGCUUUCAUGCAACUGUUAGCUUAAAAGGCCUACAACUUCACAAUGGUGACUUUUCAAUAAUAGUCCUCGAGAGUGCUGUUAGUAGAGCUGUUCAUCAAAGUGUAGCAUCCAAGAAUUUUGACACUUGUUAUUCAGCAAAAUUAUUGGGAAUGCAGGGCGAACGAUUUGCGAAACCAAAGAAAGUCUUUUGUUUUAUUUCACCUAAACAAUUGACAAUUAAAGAAUAUCUUCUCAGGUUUAUACCAAAGCGCCUUGUGACAUUUCGACUCUGUCCCUCGACGAAGUUUUACUUUGAAAGUUCAAACAGUGACUCGUUUACAAUUGACGAUGGUUGUCAACCUCCGGUAGAAUUGAUUUCACAUUGUCGUGAUAUUAUUGCUGCCACAUUUACUCUAUUUUUACUGAAAAACAUCGGAGGAAGUGAAACGUUUGCCGAUAAACAGGAUUUCUUUUAUCAUGAAGUACGAAAACAUCAUCAAAAACAUUAUCACGAGAAAUUAUCAAUAAAAGUUCAACGUGAAAAACUUCUUGAAUCCUCUAUGAAAGCAUCUAAAGGUUUUUCGGUCAGUGACUGGUGCAGAAAUUUUGAAAUUACAUUCCAAGGCGAACAAGGUGUCGAUUGGGGUGGCGUUCGUCGUGAAUGGUUUGAAUUAAUAUGCGCUUCACUUUUUAAUGCGGGCAAUGGUUUAUUUUCAUCGUCAGGCGAUUCACAACAGGCAUUGGUUCAUCCAAAUAAUAAACGACCAUCACAUUUAAAAUUGAAACAUUAUGAAUUCGCUGGUCGAAUUGUUGGCAAAUGUCUUUAUGAAUCGGCACUUGGUGGAUCAUAUCGACAAUUGGUGAGAGCACGUUUCACUCGUUCAUUUCUUGCACAAUUAAUUGGAUUACGCGUUCAUUAUAAAUAUUUCGAGCAAGAUGAACCCGAUUUAUAUUUAAGUAAAGUGAAAUAUAUAUUGGAAAAUGAUGUCGAAGAAAUGGAUCUUUAUUUUAUUGAAGAGGAAUACGAUAAUGAUGGACAAUUAAUAAAAAUUGCUGAAUUAAUACCGGGUGGUGGUAAAAUUAAGGUAACUAAUGAGACAAAACUUCGUUAUCUCGAUGCAUUGGCACAACAUCGACUUGCAAGUUCAUCGCGUAAUGAAAUUGAUCAUUUUCUAAGGGGACUUAAUGAACUUAUUCCUGAUAAUUUGCUUGGAAUUUUUGAUGAAAAUGAACUUGAGUUGCUUCUUUGUGGAACUGGUGAAUAUAAUGUGGCGGAUUUGCGUGCUCAUCAUAUAGCCAAUGGAAAUUCAAAUGAAUUUUUACGUGUAUUGGAUUGGUUUUGGACGGCUGUCAGUAAUUUUACUCAAGAAGAAAUGGCGAGAUUACUUCAAUUUACAACUGGAUGCUCGCAAUUGCCUCCGGGUGGUUUUCAACAAUUGAGCCCUCGAUUUCAAAUCACAGCUGCGCCAACAUUUGGCAAUUUACCCACUGCACACACUUGCUUCAAUCAACUUUGCUUGCCUGACUACGAGUGCUACGAUAACUUCGAAAAGGCUCUUCUUCUUGCAAUCAGCGAGGCCGAAGGCUUUGGAAUGAUUUAAAAAACAAAAAUGAUAGAUAUAAAAAUAAUAAUUAGGAUCUAUCAUUCUAUCUCUCUAGUCUAUUUCUUAAUCUAGCUCAAAAAUUUUAUUUAAAAAAAAGAAGCAUUUUUAUUUUACGCUCAACGUAAUACACCUGUAAAAUACAACUACAUUUUCUACUCUAUUAUAUACGUCGCAAAUAUUUCACAUUUAUCAUUUCAAUAUAAUAAUAUAUAUUUUCUUUUGAAUUCAAAAUUUUUUCAACAUUUUCUAAAAUUCAUUUAUCAAUUAGUCUUCUUUAAAUGUUCAUUUCAUAAAAAUUCCUUAAAAUUAGUAACAAAUUAUUUCCUUUUUUAUUUAUUCGAAAUAUUUUGAAUUCUUUCAAAAUAUAAUGUAUAUUAAUCACCAGAGAAAAUUUUUCAAGUCACAAAUAUUUAUAUAG